GCGUUCGCACGACUCCACUGAUGGUUUCUGUCAUUCUUUCUUUAUCCUUUUGUUCUUCGUCUCCCUUCUUUUCCGGUUCGUUUAGCACUCUGAUUGAUAUUUCUUCCAGACUCCAUCGGCGAGCGCUUUCCCUUCUGUUGCCGUCGGAAAGUGUUGUCCUGCAUCAUUUUCUGGCUCUUCAUGCAAGCUGAAGUAUUCACGCUCACCUAGAUACCUUUUUCUUGUUUUCCCUCACAGUUCCCAUUACUCUUAUUUCAAGUUCAGCGUUCUGCUGGCAGCUUUUCCUAGCGCGAAACACGCGAGAGGGCCCCCAAAGAAGAGUACCAGCAAUGAAAAACAGCACCACGACAGCAACAACUGCUGAUCAUUAAAGGAGACACUCACAUGUAGCGUACCUCUUAACCCCAAACAGCGGGAUAAUAGCACCCCAGGAAAGCACCGGAGUAGCCAGAAACUACCUGCACUGCGCAGGCUCGCAAUGCUGUACGCAAGCCGCAAAACAACAAGUAAAAAGGCACUCAACAUACUCGUUACUUUUUGCCGCUCUCUACGAAUCUUCUCUACUCGUACCUCUUGCCUAUGCCUUUCCACUUACUCCCGUCAGAACUUGUAGCGACCGUAGUUUUUCUCUUCCUUUUUUCUGUGUCAAAAAAUCGCUUUCUCGCACUCUUUGAAGGGACUGGAGCAAAAUCGCCGCCGCCCUCCUUUUUUUUUUUUUGCUUCCAUUCCACUAUGCAGGCGUUGUUGCUGUACACUUCCCUCUCCGUCUACGCAGCAUUUAUUCGCUAGAGGUGCACACAGGAGUUAGCUACUUCGCAUCACACUGCCUUUUUACCUUCUCUUCAGCUUGCUGUUCGCUUGCUGCACUCCCCUACCGUUUUAGUGUACCUGCGGCGCUCUGUCAACCUUAGCGCCUCAGAUUGCGUAAGCGCUGCACAGUCGAAGUACUGACUGUGUUGUACAGCUUUAUCCCUUUUGCUAACGUCUCUUUUUUUUCUCCUUCCUAUUCUUCAAAAAGAUUCCUAAAAAAAAGUCCAAGAUGGAGGUGAAGGGGAGCGUCAGCAGCAGCAGCAACCGACACCCGCUGAUCGGGCAGCUGCGGCCCAUCUUCCAUGAACUUGAGACCGCCACCCCGCAAACACUGCCUUCCACCAUCCUCAAGCUGGAAUACGUGAUUGAGGAGGAGAAAGAUGCACUAUUUCACCGCAACUCGAUCAAGUCCUACACGGCGAACGCGCGCGUCUUCCCGAACUGGCUCAACGCACAACUGCGCCACCUCUUCGAGAACCCAAAAACGCACAUGACAGGCGUGCAGGUGCUGCGUGCGUUACUUCCCGUCGAGUAUGUGGAGCUGAACGAGAUGACGAAGCUCUUUUCCGAGCUGCUUGUCCGCUGCGUCUUGGAGACGAACGACUAUCAAACUGGCCUCGCCGCUGGCGAGGUGUGGGGGCUUUUGUUGAACAACGGCAGCAGUGUCGUGGAGGGCAUCAUCAAUAACUGUCUGCAUUUCUCGCUGGCCCUGCUCAUGCGCGGCGGCCACGACGAAACUUUUUUAAGCGAGUCCACCGCUGACGCACGGCGUGUUAGCGGCAGUGGUGGCGGACCGAGCACGUCGUCGGCGCCGUCAUCCCUCACCGAGGCGGUGAGACGCGACGAUGACAGCUCCGCGACGGACGAGGAGCUCUUCCCUCAAGCAACGAAGCUCUCGGGCUGUCUUUUCAUUCAACAGCUUGUGCGCCGCGUCCCGUCGACGAUCGCGCCACACGUGAACAGCAUUUUGGAGUGUCUGCGACGGGCCAUACUAGACACGAACAAGCUGGUCCGCGUUAGCGCCGGCGACGCGUUGUUCCACACCUUAGCCAUCUCCUACCGCUCCACCGACCCGAGCUUCUACAGCAGGUGGCAGAACACCUUAUUAGAGGACGCAGAGCGCAGUACUACGUACGGGAGCGAUGUCGUGCUGCAUGGAUGCCUUCUGGCGUUUAAUGCGGUGCUUUACGCGACUGCCUCGCGUGAGACGGACGGGCGCCACGUCGGCUACUCUCAUCAGGGACGCAAGCACAUUCUGCAGCUGUGGGCCUUUGUGAACAGCAACCUUGUCCAAACGGCACACAGCAGCGACGUCCGCAAAGAGGUUCUCAACUCGCUGCCGCUUCUCGCCCAGUACGACGGCGCCACCUUCAAGGAGAUCACCGUCAAGGGAGUGCGGGCACUGGCGGCGGUUGCGUUUGGCGAGACGAACGGGCCGGACGAGCGCGCCAACGUCUUCCGCGUCUUCGCGCAGCUUUUCACCGUGCUGCCCAGCCUCGUUGUACCCUUUCUCGACCACAUGAUGAAGUACAUUGAGGCCUCGCUGACGCCGCGGCCCAACCGCGACCGCUGCCCAGAGGCCGUCACGUGCUUCGCCACGCUUUCUGGUGUAGAGCCGAAUGCGGUGCGACCCUUCCUGCGGCACCUGCUAGGCCCCCUCUUCGCCGGCUCGGUGACGGAGCACUUUGCGCGUGAUGUGGCGAAGAUGUGCUCCGCCUUUCCGGAGCUGCGCUCGACUUGUCUAUCCAAGGUGCUGGAAGCCACGAAGGAGCAGUUGUCCCGCAUGCGUAACCGCCCCCGCCACGCGCGCGUCUCCGGCGAAACGGACCACAGCGCCAUUGUGCGCAACUUGAGCUCCCUCGGCAGCUUGGACUUCACCGGGUACUCGACGCUGCAGUUUCUCUGUGAUGCGGUGAUCCGGUAUGUGUCGGACCCGCACGAGGAGGUGCGCCGCUGCGCCAUCAAUCUAUGCUUCAAGCUGGCGCUCUCGGGCUGCUCGCAGUCGCCGUGCGAGCGCACCGACGUCGGCGUGGUCAUCCACCGCGGUUGCGAGCACAUGGGGCUGAUCAACACCGUCAUCAAGAAACUGGUGAGCGCCGCCGUCGCGGACACCGAGAGCGACAUCCGUCUCCACACGCUCGAGCACCUCACCGGGGAGUUCGACUACACGUUGGCGCUGCAGGAGAUCUGCGCGGCAAUCUUCCCGGCCCUGCACGACCACCACCAGAAUCGAAUUGCCGCCGUGCGCCUGCUGGGCCGCCUGUCCAGCCGCAACCCGUCCUGCAUCCUGCCGAUGCUGCGGCGUGUGAUGGUGCAGUGUAUCGCCGACAUCCGCCUCUUCCAGGUGCCGAAGCGGCAGGAGCAGGCGGCGGCGGUGCUGAGCGCCGUGGUCGAGGCCGCCCCUGCCAUGGUGCGUCCCUACAUCUCGUCGCUGCUGCAGGACUGCGUGCAACGGCUGCAGGAGGACAACCAGGAGGUCCCGGUCCUCACGGCGCUGUUGUCGCUUCUAGGUAAACUGGCGCGGUACGCAGAAGGCGAUGACGUCGCCGCUGUGGCUGCGAUCCGUCCGUGCGUCAUUCAGCACAUCUUAGACUCUUCGAGCAUUCAGAAGAAGUUAGAGGCGAUUCGAGCGCUGGGCGACAUCAUACGCACUACGAAGGACGUCGACGUGUACGAGACAAACCCGGAGCUGCUGCGCGUGCUCCUUUCGGCGCUGCACGGCGGUUUCAAGGAGACGUGGCCGGUCCGGCUGGAUGUCCUGAAGCUGAUGGGCAUCAUCGGCGCCGUCGAUCCGGUGCGUGCGAAGGAGAUUACGCGGCACCUGCGCGACAGCGGCCUCAGCAGCGGCGCCACGGCGGCCCCCGCCGCCCUCCAGCUCUCAUCUUCCCGUGGCGAGGAGGCGAUUGUGCAGAACGUGGUCAGGAACGUCCUGAGCGUGCUGCGGCUGCCUUCGCUCUCCGACGACCAGUGCCUCUGCGCGGUGCAGGUGAUCGCGAACACGCUCUCCCUCAAGGAGGCGUCGAACGGCUGCCUUAUCCCACUGUACCGCGAGAUCGUUCAAACCGUGUUGCAGCAAAUCACGCAACAAGCGAAGAUACGCGAAAACCUGCUGGGCGUCAUGACGCGCAUUGUGUACCUCUACGGCCAGUACAUCCGCCCCUAUCUGGAUGAGCUCAUCACCACCUGCAUUGGCUUCCUCAUGUCCGCUGAACGCGGGGUGCUGGUGGAGGUGUUGUGCCUGUUGAGCGAGCUGCGCCGAUCGCUGCGCGAGGAGUUCCGGCCGUCGCUUUCGCUCGUGCUGCCGCCGCUGAUUCAGACUGUUCAGGCGGACGCCGCCCACGCCGGUGAGCCGGCCUUCGCCUUCCUCGUCGAGAUGGGCCACCUGCUCGAUGACUACCUGCACAACGCUGUGCCGUGCGUGUGUGAGGUGGCGAGUAAUCCGGCCUACCCUGUGCCGUGCCGUGCGGCCGCCGUCGACGCCAUUCGCCACUUCGCCCGUCGGCUGCCGCGUCUCGUUUUCCACGCGUCACGCUGUGUUCACUGCCUUUGCCGCGUGCUGCGAGAGAUGGAGGGCGUCGCGCUCGACGUGCCGCCGCUACCUGUCGCGGGGCCCAGCGGACGAACAGGCAGCAGCAUUAGCAGCCACCCCACGAACCACUCCGCCGCCGCCGCAGCAGGUGUCUCCUACACGGGUGACUCCCACGGCGCGAACGCGGCAGCCGCGGCAGACGCGCGCACGCUCGUGGCCGUCACGCUCGACGCCGUGCGCAACGUCGCCCGCAACCUCGGCAGCGACUUCGAGAAGUACACCCCGAUGGUCUUUCCCGUGCUCGACGCGUACGGAGAGGACGGCAAGGACGUGAAGUCGUUCGUGCUGAGCACGCUGCGCAGCGGUGGCCGGGUGGUCGCCCCGGAGAACUCGCAGGCGGAGGACGAGGAAGCGGCGGCGCGGUACCGCGUCAACGCGCAGCAGCGGCGCAAGACGGCGCUGGCGGACAACUUUGCGCAGCUUCGCAGCAUCCUCGUCUCGCGGGAUCGCGAAACGGAGGAGGAGUGGAACGCGUGGCUGAAGCAGCUGGCGGUGGAGCUGCUCCGCUCCAGCCCCUCCAACGCGCACGGGUUUGCCUUUGCCCUCGCCCAGCUGCACGAGCCGUUUGCGCGACACAUGUUGCACUCUGCCUUUGCGGCGUGCUACGCGGAGAUGGAGCCGCGGACGAAGGAGGUCGUGCGCUCCCUUCUUGGCGUCGUGCUGCGGAGUCAGCGGGUGCCGUCGGAGGUGCUGCAGGAGCUGCUGAACCUCUCCGAAUACAUGGAGCGACUUGAAAUGCGCUUCAACCCGAUGGAGGGAUCGCAUAGCACCUACGCGGGUCUCCUGUUCGACCUCAAGACACUGAUGGGCAGCAGCGAACGGUGCAAUCUGUACGCCAAGGCGCUGCACUACGUCGAGAUCCAGUUCUACGAAGCCACGUACGAGUACGAGCGCAGCUUCAUGCGUGGUCAGGCGCACCCCCUGCCGCCGGAGGACUGGAUGAAACUGCUGCAGUGGUGCGAAAAGAGCAUCUACCUGUGCAACCUGCUCGGCCUGCGUGAGAGCGCAGAGGGCAUGCUCAAGUACAUCCAACACAACUUCUCCUUUCUCACCGGCAAGCCGCCGUCGGAGCUGCCUCGCAUGAUGGACGCGCAGCUCUUCGAGAAGCUGCAGUGGUGGUCGCAGAGCUUGCGGGCAUACGAAAAAGGGCUGCACGCGGAGCCGAACAAGUUCAGCAACAUGGCAGGACUGAUGCGCUCGCUGGACAACUUGGGCGACUACGGGCGAUUGCUCGAGUCGUGGAAGUUGUUCUUCCCGCGCAUCAGCCGCAAGGAGGCAUCGGAGCUGGCCCCGUACGGUGCCCACGCCGCGUGGCUGCUGCGCUGCUGGGACGACAUGGAGACGAUCACGGCCUACAUGAGCGACGACGGCUACGUCGGCACCACCGCCGUCUUCUACCGCGCUGUGCUGGCCACCCACAAAAAACAGUUUCACGGCGCCGUGCCCAUCAUCCAGAACUGCCGCAAGCGGCUCGACUCGACGCUCUCCGCGUUGGUUGCUGAAAGCUACGACCGCGCCUACGGCCUCUUUGUCGGCAUUCAGCAGCUGAGCGAGCUCGAGGAAUUUGCCUUUGUGGCGAAAAACCCGCAAGGCUUGAACCACUGGCAGGAGCUAUGGGAACAGCGACUCGCUGCGAUGGCCUACGAGGGCUGGCCAGGCACGCUGGCCGACCACACGCUGGUCAUUCCACCAUCGCAAGAGUUGGACAUGUGGCUGCGCUUUGCGGCGCUGUCCCGCGUGCACGGCCGAGAACGCACGUCGCGGGACGUCUUGUUCGACCUGCUCGGCGAGCAGACGAUCGCCACGGCGCUGGAGCAGGACAAGCUGCCGCAGCCCACCAUCGCCCUCGCUGCCUUUCAGCACAUGUACGAAUUGCAAGAGCGGGAGAGGGCGGUGGAGACGCUCGACACGUACUUGAAAAAGAUGGAUAAAGUGGGCAUGGCAGCAGCAGCAGCAGCGGCUCCAGCGACCUCUCCUGUCUAUGCGAGUGGCAGCCAAGCAAGUCUGGCGAUGUGUCACUCGAAGCUCGCCAGCUGGCUCUUCACGUUGGCAAAGAAGAAGCACAGUUUGGACACGGACUACCGCAAUUACAUCCGCCAUCACCUCGAGCGGGCGACGAGUCUGGACAGCACAAACGGCUCCAUCUGGCACACAUGGGCGCGAUUUAAUCACGACCUCGUCAGCCACCGGUGGCGCAACAACAACACCGCCGCCGCCGCCUCCGAGCUGCGCCGUGAGGAGCACGUGAAUCACAUCGUCGCCGCCAUGGACGGCUAUGUGCGCAGCGUGUGCUUUUCGCAGGAGCUGGAGGACGUGUUGGGAUUUCUUUCCCUGUGGUUCAGUCACGCGGCUCUGCCGCAGGUGCAGAACAAUGCCGCCAUGCAUGCCCAGAUCUUGCAGGUCAGCCCCACCGUGUGGCUGAAGGUGAUUCCGCAGAUCAUCGCUCGUCUGCACGCGCGUGACCCGGUCGUGUCGGAAUCCGUCUUCCACCUUCUCGCGAUCGUCGCCAAGGCCCACCCGCAGGCACUUCUGUACAGCCUCAACGUCACGCUAAACUCCAGCGUGCAAGGCCCUGACAACAACGCAACGGAGCAGAUGGAGCGCAAGCAGGCGGCGCAGCGGCUGCUGGGGCGCAUUAAGGAGAUGCACCACCAGGGCCGCGCCAUGGUUAAGGACGCCGCCCUCGUCUGCCAGGAGCUGGUGCGGUGUGCGGUGCUGUGGACGGAGUUGUGGUUCGACGAGUUGGAGCGGGCGUGGUUUCAGUGGGGCCGCGACAAGAACGCGCACAGCGUCUUCCAGUCGCUGCAGCCGCUGCUGGAGCAGCUGUCGCAUCCAGACACCUUGGCGGAGUCGCACUUCGUGGCGGAGUUCGGCGAGCUGCUCAGCGGGGCGUGCGAGUACGUCGAAAAGGCCGCCUCGACCGGCAACAACGUUUACAUGGAGGAGGCGUGGAACCGCUUCAAGACGGCUGUGAAACGGAUGGACGAGCAAAUCAGCGGGAUGGCGUCGCUGGCGUUGCAGCUGGUGAGCCCGCGCCUGACGCAGAGCGGCAAGGACUUGUCCCUUGUGGUGCCGGGGCAGUAUAGCGAGAGCGGGGUAUACCCUUCCAUUGCCUCCUUCCAGAACACGCUCAAGGUGAUGAACUCGAAGCAGCAUCCGCGCCGCCUCUACAUCAACGGUACGGAUGGCGUCCUCUACAAAUUUCUGCUCAAAGGCCACGAGGACCUACGGCUGGACGAGCGCGUCAUGCAACUCCUCGCUUUUGCGAACACGCUGUUGGAGAAGCACUCCGCCAUUCAGCGACGGGACUGCAUGAUUCAGGUCUUCUCUGUCACCCCGCUCAGCGAGAACGCCGGCUUAGUGGGCUGGGUUGACAACUGCGACACGCUGCACCAGCUGAUAAAGGACUACCGCGUGCACUCCAAGUACCUCUCAAUCGAGGUGAACCUGAUGCUGAGCUUCAACGUGGACCUCGACCGCUUGCAGGUGAUCCAACACGUGGAGCCGUUUGAAUUCGCGCUGGAGCAGACAGAGGGUACCGACCUCGCGAACUCGCUGUGGAUGCGCGCGCCGAGUGCAGAGUCGUGGCUGGACCGGCGCACCACCUUUGUCUGCUCCCUCGCCACCAUGUCGAUGGUGGGCCACAUCCUCGGCCUCGGCGACCGCCACCCCUCCAACCUCAUGGUGCACUCCUUCAGCGGCCGCGUGGUGCACAUCGACUUCGGCGAUUGCUUCGAUGUCGCACAGAAUCGCAGCGCCUUCCCCGAGAAGGUGCCUUUCCGCCUGACACGCAUGCUGGUCAAGGCGAUGGAGAUGGGCGGCAUCGAUGGGCUCUUUCGCCACGGCUGCAUCACGGUGAUGGGGGUGCUGCGUGAGGAGGGCAGCAGCAUUUUAGCGCUGCUCGAGGCCUUCGUGCACGAUCCUCUCGUCUCGUGGUGGCGCGAUGAGUCGGAGGAUGGGGCGACCACUGUCACCGUCCCCACGCCCGUUGCACCGAGCAGCGGCAUGGCCUCCACUGACACGGCGGCGCCGCCGCUUGGCGGGCACUACUCCCAACGCGCCGCCUACACCGCCAUUGGAGAGUCCUUUCACCAGUCACGCAGCGCCUUCGCGUCUCGCACACCGGUGGCGCGUUCGUUUGCGGCACGUGGCAGCCGUUCCCUUCGUGCCCCCCGCGCCUCCGUUGCCGCGAGCACCCCGGCGGCCGACCCGGUGAGCGCCAGCGCUAAGUCAUCCGAGAUUGUGAGCAACAUGUCGGCGAACCAGACCAGUGAGGCGAAGAAGGUGGUGAACCGCAUUCGGGAGAAGUUGGAGGGCCGCGAGUUCGCCAGACGCUGCGCGACGCUGGGCGGGACGAUGCACACCGCGGGAGGGUUGGGCAACACGAAAGAGGACGGUUCGGUAGAGGAUCCGUUCUCUGCCGCGGAGUCGGACGGGGCCACGCCCAUUGGGAGCUCUGACGAUGGACUCUCCGUGCAAGCGCAGGUGUCACAGCUGAUUCUCGAGGCCACCUCUAACGAGAAUCUGUGUGUGCACUUCCAGGGGUGGUGUCCCUUCUGGUAA